UAAGGUUUAACUUUAGUUCUAAUCCUCUCACUUUCAUGAUUCAUCCAGUUGGGACUAAUCUACGAAAGUGUUGGCGUCUGCAACGCAGUUUCCUUGUUUUGAUUUAAUCGCCUCUGCGAUAGUCUUUUUUUUUCUUUUUCCUUUAAUUUUCAGCCGUUGGCAACGAUGACCGAAUCGAUGGACGUUUUGUUGUCCCUCGGUUUAAAAGAGCAAAAGGCCAAAGAGACCCUUAAAAAUGAUACUCUGACAAGAACUAUUUUAGAACUCUGUGAUGAGGUUAAAAAGCUUGGUGCAGAUCAUACCGACGUUGGAAUGAUUUUGUAUCAAUUCGCUGGAAAUUUAAAACCACAGAUAAAACAAUUUGUGCCAUUUGUUGUGCCUUAUAUUGUUCAAAAGAAACUUAAUAGUUCCCUACGCAUAGAAGCGGCCAUCGAGUACUUACUUUCUCAUGCUACCCAACCAAAUUUAGACUCAUCCGAUUUCGAAAAAGCUUGCGGUAUCGGUAUCACGGUUACCCCUGAAGAUGUUGAAUUAGCCGUCGAAAAGACAAUCAAUAAAUUCAAAGAAGAAAUAAUUGAAAAGAGAUAUCGUUUCAAUACAGGACUCCUUUUGCAAGAUGUACGUAAAUGUCUUAAGUGGGCAGAUUUUAAAGAUGUUAAAAAUGAAAUAGAUGUCCAAAUGCUAGAUCUGCUAGGGCCUAAAACAGAUGAAGAUUAUUUGCGUUCUCAAACAAAACGAAAAGAUAAUACCACUAAGCCUAAAAAAUUAAGUGGAAAUGGUAGUUCUGGACCACUGACGAUUGAUGAUAUGAUCAGCACUCUUAAUCUUCACUCUCCAGGUGAAAAUUUUAAAUCUGCUGAUUACAUAAUCACCCCAAAUACGAAACAGCUUCUCCAAGACCAUUUGAAAAUGACUGGAGGAAGGGUUCAAACGCGGUUUCCACCUGAACCAAAUGGAAUUCUUCAUAUUGGCCACGCAAAAGCAAUUAAUAUUAAUUUUGGAUAUGCCGCACAUCAUAAUGGCAUCUGCUACUUACGGUACGAUGACACCAAUCCUGAAAAAGAAGAACAAAAGUUUUUUGACGGCAUUCUAGAAAUGGUUCAGUGGUUAGGAUAUAAGCCAUAUAAAAUUACUCAUUCUUCUGAUUAUUUUGAUCAGUUAUACAAUUGGGCUGUGGAAUUAAUUAAAAAAGGUCAUGCGUAUGUUUGUCACCAAAAGCAGGAUGAAAUAAAAGGAUUUAAUCCACCACCUUCUCCUUACCGCAAUAGAUCUGUUAAGGAAAAUCUUGAACUAUUUGAAGAUAUGAAAAAUGGCAAAAUGAAAGAGGGUGAGUGUUCAUUGAGGAUGAAAGUCAAAUUGGAAGAAGGGAAACAAGAUCCAGUCGCCUACAGGAUAAAGUUUACUUCACACCCAAGAACCGGUGAUCAAUGGUGUAUUUAUCCAACGUAUGAUUAUACCCAUUGUUUGUGUGACUCAAUUGAGAACAUCACUCAUUCGCUCUGCACCAAAGAAUUUCAAUCCAGGAGAUCCUCGUACUACUGGCUGUGUAAUGCACUCGAUUUAUACUGCCCUGUACAGUGGGAAUAUGGCCGGUUAAAUAUAAACUAUACCGUUGUGUCCAAAAGGAAAAUAGCCAAAUUAAUUGAAUGUGGCAAAGUUAAAGAUUGGGAUGAUCCAAGGUUAUUUACAUUAACUGCUUUGAGAAGGAGAGGAUUUCCACCGGAGGCGAUUCACAGAUUCUGUGCCCAGGUUGGAGUGACUUGUGCGCAAACUGUCGUCGAUCCAUCGAUGCUUGAAUCUUGUGUCAGGGAUGUUCUCAAUCAAACUGCUCCAAGAACUAUGGUUGUAAUUAAACCUCUUGAAGUAGAAAUCGUAUCAGGUUGGGAUGGAGAGGAAGCAUUUUCAAUGCCUGAUUACCCCUUUGACCAAAACAGCACAUCCCAUAAUAUUAAAUUCAGUCCCUUAUUAUAUAUCGAACAAGACGAUUUUAAAAGCAAUGCUGACCAAGGUUAUAAAAGAUUAGCGCUCAAUCAACCUGUUGGGCUUCGUUACACACCUUAUUACAUACAAGUUAAAUCGGUCGUUACGAAUGAAGAGACAGGAGUGGUGCAAAAGUUGUUCGUAACAUCUCAUAAACUUACAAAAGACACCAAGCCAAAGGGUUUUAUUCAUUGGGUAUCGAAGCCGACGCCAGUCACCUUGAGAAUGUAUUACCCGCUCUUUCACCAUAAAAACCCCGAAGAUGCGGCACAAGUUCCAGAUGGAUUUUUGUCCGAUGUUAACGACAAUUCUCUGGUAGUCUUAGAGGCUUUAGCAGACAGUUCUCUAGUAAGCAACGCUCAACCUUUUCAGCAAUACCAGUUCGAACGACAAGGAUAUUUUUGUGUUGAUCAAGAUUCAAAUGGAAACCAUAUCUUCUUCAAUUACACCUUACCGCUUAAAGAAGAUUCAGGGAAGUCUUCGUAAUCAUGGCAAACGAAGGGAUUCAUGAUUCUGUUGUACAGAAGAAAAUUAUAAAACAAUACUUUAUCAAACACAAUCCUGUGUUAUAAAAGAUACCACCCAAUAUAACUUUCUAUGCAGAAUAUAUCUUAUCUUUUUUUGGUCCAGUUCUCGCAUCUGUAUUAUUUUGUUGACAUUAAACAUGUUUAAUUUGUUUUA